AUGGACUUUUGGUCGCGCCUCCUAGCUGGCACCUCACUGUCCCCAUCGGCCCAUCGCAAAGAAGAGGCGAAGAACCCUACGAAACGCCUGCACCGCUUCGACAAGGAGUACAAUCGCAUCUUGCAAAUCUGGAGAUCCUCGUCCAACCUCGCCAGCGAUGUCGAUGCCGCCGAAAACCUCGAGAUCCGACUCCAGGAAUUAACCAAUAUCCUUACCGACGAGUCCCGGCGACCCCUCCCCCAUCCCUGCAUCCAGUAUGCCGCGAAGAAACAAGUCUACGUGCCGAUUGGCAAGAUAGCGACGUCAUCCUACAACGAGUGGAUCAUCAAGGAGGCCGUGCUGUUCUUCGCAACACUUCUCGAGACCGAAGAGGAGGCCUUUGUCGAGAACACGACCUUUUCGGCCAGCCUGACGAAUCUGCUCGUGCGCAUCACGGGCGUCAACAGUGUCCGCUUGGGGUCCGACACCGAGGCCAAGGUUGUUGAGCUGGCUUUUAACAUCACCACCAAGAUCCGCCUCAACCGGGACAUCCUGCACGCCUGGUUCAAGAGCCAUCACGAUGCCAACCCCAAGGACCGCCCGCAGGACGAGCACGAUGCUUUCGCUGGUCGGACGCAGAGGCAGGACUUUCCGCUCUUUUACAUCUUGAUGGACUACAUUCACCACGAGGGCAAGGUUGGGGAUUUUGCCAGGACGGGCCUGCUGUACAUCAUCGAGUCGGCAUCCAGCGACGAAUCUUUGGAGCAAUGGAUUGUCGAGAGCGACCUUUCCACCCUGAUGGCGACAGGCCUGGGUGCGCUCUACAGCCAGCUGAGCCGCAAGCUUGUCAUCGACUAUCCCUCAAACGACCUACCUCCCAUUCUCGCCUUGUCCGAUUAUCAACACCCGAACUCUACCUUUGAGAUCAUCAGCUCGUGCUCCCCCGACUUCCAACUGCAUCUCGAAACGUUCCUCUCCCACCUUCUUUUCUGGCAGGACGUGCUGGACCAUUGCAAGUCGGUCGAGGUCAAGCAGACACUGUUGGAACACUUUCAGGUCAUCUUCCUGCAGCAACUCUUAUACCCAUCCUUGCUGGAGUCGUCUGACAUUGACGGCGGUUCGUCUGUCGCUGUCCUGACCUAUCUGCGCCGCAUUCUCGAGUCCCUCGACCAUCCCGACAUGAUUAACCUCAUCCUCCACUAUCUACUCGGCUUACCGGAUCACGUUUCCUCCGACAUGACGGGCUCGCGUGCUUCCGUCAGCGCGGCUCGUAAACGCAAGUCGAUGGAUCUUGCAACGAUGUUGGCCCAAACCAAGUCCGACAUCACCGCCACUCCUCUUCUUUUCAACCUGGUUGAUCUUGUUCAGGCAUGUCUGCGUUCCCACAACCAGCAGACCAUCCGCGUGACGCUUCAGUUGGUCUCGGUUAUUCUUAGGAGGCAUCAUCGCUAUGCAGUCAGCACUCUGCUCCGCACAGAAGCAGUGCUAGGAGACAAGAUGCAUCGGACGGUCGGUGCUCAAGAGCAGGAAGUGGACUACCUCAUGAGUCUGGCGGGGUCCAUCGGCGGACUGGACAACUUCGACGAGAUCUAUGACAACGUCCUGAAAGACACCAUGUCCCGGCUCGAAAGCCACCCCUGCUCAUUGAAGCUCGUCGCGCCCAAGACAUCCACCAACAACCAUGAUUUACCCGCAGUUCCUGAUACACUGCCUGGAGCGCCACGCGACGUGCACGAGCACACACUCCGCCCUGACGACCCCCUCCUCAACUCUGCGCUCGAUCUGCUUGAGACGUUCUUCAUCAACCCGGUCGACACGAACCUCUCACUGACUGAGUCUAUCUUGGACUUGGCUAUCUGUGGCUAUGUAACGCCGGAGGGCUGGAUGCUGCGCAACCCACAAAAGUACACAUAUGAGGAGCAGCCGCCGAGUCCCAUCUCCCCCGAUGCCUCCACCACGUCCUUCAGGCCGCCGACGGACCCCGAUUCCACGACCUCGAGAGAGCAGCAAACCCUGGAGUCUCUCGAUGCCUGUCGUCGACGCCCUGUGUGGUCGCAGUCAUCACUACCCCGCAUCCUUGUCGUGCUCCAGCAGCUAUGCAACCAGGUAGCCAGGUAUCGUGAGACAGUCCCCCGGUUCGAAGACCUGCUGCAAGGGCGGAGAGAGGCGUUCCAGAUGGCGGAUAACCCUCGGCCACCGGGGCCGCCCUUGCCACCACGCAAACCCACGCCGCAGAGACACAGCUCGGCGCAUACCCCAGAACGCUCCAGUCUGGACGAGGCAACCCGCAGUGGAUCGCCAGCGCGACCGUCGGGUCUCGAACGCUUUGCACAGCGCCUGGUUUCGGAGUUGAGCACGCCCAGCCGAACAGGGAGCCCGAGAGGAAGGAAAAAUAGCCGAGGGUCUAGCACGGCUAGCCCGGCCCCGAGUGGCAUGUCAGGCGGCUAUGGGUUUUCUACGCCGACAUCACGGCCAGUGCCCCCGCCCAAAGAUACGCCUGGUAGCUACGACAACUCUGGCCGAAGUACAACAGAUGAGGCUGGCUCGUCGCAUGGACCCAGAGACCCGGUGGCCAGCCAGGCUGCUGCGUUUGCCGCUAUAGAUCAGAGCAUCCUCGCGCGCAAGGUCGGGAUUCCCGACAAGGUUGAGGCAAUCCCGCUGGAUCUAGGGAGAGCGAAGCCAACAUUGCACAUGCCGCCGCCGAAGGAUGACGAGGAUGUAGCAGAGGAUCAGCAGGAUGGAGAGCAAGAAGCAAGAGAGCAGGAAGACAACGCCGAGGCGGAAGCAACCGGCGACGAUAUCACCGAGGUCAACACUCCGAGGAAGGACAAGGAGAAGGAGGAGCGAAAAGCCUCCGUGUCGCAUGUCAUCACCAACGUCAUUGUUCUCCAAUCUUUCUUGUUUGAGCUCGCGGCCCUGAUUCAGGCGCGUGCGGCGCUUUUCAACGAAGUUCGCUAUGCGUGA